GGGUUAAAGCCGCCGAGCGCCGAGGAGCCGGUGCAGAGCGGGCAGCUCGGCGGCGGCGGCGGCGGCAGCGGAGGCGGUGGCUCCAGCCGGCGCGGCGCGGGGCUCGGCAGCGGGAUCCGGCAGCGGUGCUAGCUCCGCGCUCCGUGCCUCGCUCCCUGCCCGGGGUGGUCGAAGAGCGAGGCGCGGAGUCCUGGUGGCCCGAGGGCGCGAAUCCAGCCUUGUCGCAUCAUCCUGCUCCCUUGGUUUUGGAAGUCUUGGAAAAAGUUGGUCUGGAGGAGGAGGACAUUGAUGUGCUCUGUGUAGGGCCAGUGGUGAAGAGGCCACCCUGAGCUUUAGCCUCCACCCCUCCAAGUGCAGCCUGGGCAGUCCGAGGUCCCAGCAUGGAAUGACUGCUAUGGCUGCCCCUGUCCCGUGGGCCUGCUGUGCUGUGCUCGCUGCCGCCACUGCCGUUGUCUACACCCAGAGACACAGUCCUCAAGAAGCACCCCAUGUGCAGUAUGAGCGUCUAGGUUCAGAUGUGACUCUGCCAUGUGGGACAGCAAACUGGGAUGCAGCAGUCACAUGGAGGGUAAAUGGGACAGACCUGGCCCCUGACCUGCUCAACGGCUCUCAGCUUGUGCUCCAUGGCUUGGAACUGGGCCACAGUGGCCUCUACGCCUGCUUCCACCGUGACUCUUGGCACCUGCGCCACCAGGUCCUCCUACGUGUGGGCUUGCCGCCGCGGGAGCCCGUGCUCAGCUGCCGCUCCAACACGUACCCCAAGGGCUUCUACUGCAGCUGGCAUCUGCCCACUCCCACCUACGUCCCCAACACCUUCAACGUGACCGUGCUGCACGGCUCCAAAAUCAUGGUCUGUGAGAAGGACCCAGCCCUCAAGAACCGCUGCCACAUCCGCUACGUGCACCUGUUCUCCACCAUCAAGUACAAAGUCUCGAUAAGUGUCAGCAAUGCCCUGGGCCACAACGCCACAGCUAUCACCUUCGACGAGUUCACCAUCGUGAAGCCUGACCCUCCAGAAAAUGUGGUAGCCCGACCAGUACCCAGCAACCCUCGCCGGCUAGAGGUGACUUGGCAGACCCCCUCGACCUGGCCCGACCCUGAAUCCUUUCCUCUCAAGUUCUUUCUGCGCUACCGACCCCUCAUCCUGGACCAGUGGCAGCAUGAAGCUCUCUUUUCCUCCGGGGGGGUGGUCUUCACUCUUCUCUCCCCGGCAGUGUUCUCAGUUCCUCUGGGGGUGCUCACUCUCCUGACCCCCGGGCGCCACCCCCAUCCCGCGGUCGGGCUGCAGGUGGAGCUGUCAGACGGCACCGCGCACACCAUCACGGAUGCCUAUGCCGGGAAGGAGUACAUCAUCCAGGUGGCGGCCAAGGACAAUGAGAUUGGGACGUGGAGUGACUGGAGCGUGGCCGCUCAUGCCACACCCUGGACUGAGGAGCCACGACACCUCACCACUGAGGCCCAGGCCCCGGAGACCACGACCAGCACCACCAGCUCACUGGCACCUCCACCCACCACGAAGAUUUGUGACCCCGGGGAACUGGGCAGCGGCGGAGGACCCUCAGCACCCUUCUUGAUCAGUGUCCCCAUAACUCUGGCCCUGGCUGCCGCCGCCACUGCCAACAGUCUCCUGAUCUGAGCCCGGCUCCCCGUGAGGACAUGCCAGCGCACCUGCAGAGGACCAGGAGGCCGGAGCUGAGCCCGCAGACCCCAGUUUCUAUUUUGCACACGGGCGGGAGGACCUUCUGCAUUCUCUUCAAACAUAAUUUGUAGAGACCCCGGCAGGCCCGGGCCUGCCGCCCCCUAGCCCUGCCACACCAUGCUGGCUCUCCUCCUGCCCUCAGGAGAGGAGGACCCUGCAGCUAACCCACCCACCAAAGACCCCCCACCCCCACCCUGGCCCCUCGGGCUGGACCCUCCAAUGCCAGCCACUCCCAGGAGCCCUUGGGGGGGUCUGAGGGGAGCCCCUCACAUCCAUAAUUUCUCCUGCCCCAGUCUCCUGUCUGUCCCAGGGUCUCUGUUGCCACCAUCAGAUUAUAAGCUCCUGAUGCUGGGGGGGCCCAGCCAUCCCCCUCCCCCCAGCGCCCACACUUUUCACUCCCCCACCUGUCCCCAUUUUGUACGGCCCUCCCCUUUCCCUGCUCCCACCCCACAGUAUUUAAUGCCCUGUCAGUCCCUUCUAGUCUGACUCAAUGGUAACUUGCUGUAUUUGAAUUUUUUAUAGAUGUAUAUACAGGGGUGGGAGGGUGGGGGGUUCUCAUUAAACGUCACCAUUUCAUGAGUCCUUGGAACAGACCCACUUUGGGAGGGUAUCCUUCUUCCAAGGAUCCCUCCCCUUCUAGCCCUGGAAGAGGGAAGAAAUUCUAGUUGGAGAGAGACAACUCUCUCCAUAUAGAUGGGGAGACGCAGUAUAGCUCUCAGGCAGAUGUGUCUGGGGGUGGGGCUGUCUGCUUCUUUGGAGGAGAAGGCUCCCUGGAGGCCAGGGGCAGAGCUGUGGGGAAUGAGGGGUCCCAGUGAGGCAGGUCCCACAUGGGGAUGUCCAGUCAGUCCUGGAGGCUACUGAAUCCUGACAGGGGUAGGCCUGUCAAGAGUCAUCUCCAGAGCUGCCUUCCAGGAAAGCCUAGGCUUUACCCAUAGGGGCAGAGAUGCAAGAAGGUGAGGAGGCCAGACUUCAUCUUUGGGGUACGGGGGGUUGUCAUCCCCGUCAUGCAGUUCAGACAGUUCAGGGGCUCUAGGAGGUCAGGCCUGGGGCUUAACUAGGCUACAAGGCUCAGAGUGCAGAGCGUACUGGGCCUGGGCAGGGCGGGAGGCUGCGUGAAGGAGGCCACUUGCUACAUGACUAGGGAUUGGGCCUGUGUUGCAGGACUGGAAAUGUGAAACAAGAUUUACCCCCAGGGUUAGAUUACAGUCGAGACUCAGUGUGAGCAGAAGAGCAGGCUUUGGUUUUCCAGAGUACCCAGUCUUUGGUCUAGUUCUGUACCCUGCCCACACCCUUCCAGUCCUCAAACUGGGAUUCCAAGGCCCCUUUGGUUUCUCCUCAGAGGAGGGGCUUGUGGCUGCCCCACGCCUGCUCAGGUCCAGCCCCCUUGUAGAAGCCCCUGCACCUCCUACCACAGUGGGGGGACACUGCAGCUCCUUAGCUGAGGGUGCCUAGGGCUGGGGCCACGUUGGCAGGUACCUCUGGCCUGGGGGAGGGAGCAAAGGAUUAGACCAGAACCCCAACCUGGGGAGCCAGGCUUGGCCUUGCUCUGAGUGGCUGGGAUGAGAGAGAGAUGAAGUCAGAGGCACAAAUACACUGACUUGCGCGAACACUCCCCACAGCAGGUGCCGAGUGCCACACCUACACUAAGCCACUCAUCCCGUGAUCACACACACACACACACACACACCCCAACUCAAACCUUUUCUUCAGACCAGGGUCAGAAAAUGGACAUUCCUUGCUGGUCUCACCAGGCCUGCCUGGGAUUGUGCCCCUGGGAGGAGGGAUCCAUGUUGCCUCAAGCACUGAUGAGUUAGGCCUGGACAGGGCUUGGGGCUGGGUGAGAGCUCAGAGGGAAGGUGGCUGGCUCUCUUCCAGGCCAGGCAUUACAGGAGGAGAGGGGGUGUUCCAGGUGGGAGAUCUCAUGGAAAACAAAAGGCCUGAUGUCAGGGUAGAGGGGCCUGUGGCUUUUCAAGCUGAGUAGCCCCAACUAGGGGAAUGCAUGACUCCUCAUUCCAGGAAGAGGCUCCCAAGAUUGGACAUACGGAGAAGUGGCUGUGGACCUACCUCUGGACCCUGGACCCCUGAUUUGCCUGUUUGUCUGGUUUCUGUGAGAUGUGGCUUGAGCCUGAACCUGUAUUCCAGGUUCAGCAGGGGUGGACAGAGCAGGCGGCACCAACUCUUGCCAAGGACAUUGUAUUCCUGGGGUGGGUCUGAGCCGCCCCCUUCCCUGUCUUUGUGGUAGUGGGGCUAAAGCUCAGAGGUCUCCAGCCUGUGCUGCUUUCCUGCCUCGAGAGCCUUGGUCAGCCCUGACCCACCCACCGCCCACCCAGGGCUUGGGCAUCAGCAAUCUGGCCUCCAUUAGCAACAUGGGAAAGCAAUUAUGUGGGGUCUGGGGAGGAGAAAGAGGGGAGGGGGCCUGCUGGUGCCUCAGAGGCCAACGGAGAGGCCUGUGGCAUCUCCCUGCCCCCAACCUCAAGAGAGAGAGACCCAGCCCUGUCCUAAGUGCCAAGGUGGCUGGAGGGCCAGUGUCCUUGCCUCUGACGGGCCUGGGCCUGGGGGUGGUCGUUCCUCUUUGGGAGUCUUGGCCCUCAACCUCACAGGGGCUGCUCGCUUUGGAGGGUCUUAGAGUGCUGCCUGCUGCUGCCUCCAGGUAUUGUCCCUCCGCGUCAUUAUUUCCCAUGGUGGUUCUGGGGAGCUGGGGUAAGUAUAGACAUCAAUUCUUAAAGCUAAAUCAGAUCCCAGAGAAUGAAAACUGCUGAGGGGGGCUGCCAGGGGAGGCUUGGAUCCCAGGCCCAAUGUGUAUGGUGGCUCAGCCUUUCAGCUCACUAGUUCUCUUUGCUCCCCCAAGGGGCACUGGAGAUGGGGACCUUCUUAUAUGCCCCAUUCUUAUAAGGCUGACUUGUCUCUGCCCCCAUCCUCUUCUCACUGAACCCAUUUCCAUCAGUCUCUGUCCCCUUCCUAUCCCUGAACUUGUCUUUGUCCUGGUUCCUAUUCUGUGUUUCUCUUAUGUCUCUAUCCUGUCUCCUUUCCCGUGUAUGUCUCUAACUCCUGUCUCUGUCUCCAUCCGUGUUUGUCUCUCUCUGUCUCCUCCCUGUCUCUCAGUCUUCCCUUUUCUGUCUUCCUCCCUGUCUCUGUGUGUCUACCCCCAUCUCAGUCUCUUUGUGUCUCUCUGGCUCUUCAUGGAUCUCCACCCCAUCUCUGUGUCUCUGUUCCUCUUUCUUGACUCUGUCAGCCCUUCGCUCUCUGCCUCCCUCUUUGUGUUCCUGCCCUGGUCCAGACCCCAGCCUGUGGCCACAGUGCCUCUUUGGCCUGAGCUGGGGCCUGUCCUGGCUUCUGCUGCCCCCUCUCGGCCACCUGCCUGCCCUUCAUUCCUGCUCCAGGGCAGGCGGCUGAUAGCUGACACACCCCACAUCUUCCAGCAGCCAGCCAGGAGAGAGGAAGGUGAUCUGGAGACAGUAGGCAGGAAUCCUGGGGCAGCCUCUGGCCCUGUGACCUCCCCAGAGCCACUGGGUGAGCUCACUAACUCCCUAGACUGGACUCUGGGGAAGUUCAUCUUACAGGGAAAGAAUGGAGUGCUUGGGGGGCAGAAAAGAUUGGGGUAUAAUCCUCACACCCUUCCCUCUCCUCAGAGGAGGGCAGAGAGGAAGGAGGUCUGAGGAGGGGAGUCUGAUGGAGCCAGCAUGAGGAGAGGCUGGAGAACUUUUCUGACAGGGGUACUCUAAUGGGGAAGGGCUAACCUGAAGGUGAGUGAGCCAGUGUGAAAGGAUUAGUCUGAGGGGAGGCUGGUCUGGGACAUGCUACUAUAGAGAUCUCAGUUGGAAGGGCCAGUCUGAGAGGGGGUGAUUAAUCGAGAGAGCUUCUGAAGGGUCCAGUCUGAGGAAAGAGCACUUUGAAGGCACACAGGUCUGAGAACAGGAUCACCAACUACUCCUAGUUUGCCUGGGACUGUCAGUUUUAGCACUGAAUAUCUCAAGUCCUGGGCAAUUCCUCAGUCCCAGGCAAACUGGGACUCUUGGUAACCCUAUUUGAGAAGGCCUUGCCUAACAGUGCUGGUCUGAUGGGAAAGUCGAUCUGUGGGCGAGUGGAUCUGAAGGGGCCUGGUUUGACAGUGCCAGUCUGAGGGGAGAGGCUGUUUAAGGCUGGAAGCUUCUUUGGGCAGGAACCAGGCCCGUAAGGGAGUGGAUAAUAGGGUCCUUCCAGAAGGGCAGUGGCUACGGGAGUGGCCACCAGGGGGCAGAGCAAGCUCUCAGGAGAAUCAGAGGCAAAGGCCCCAGAGGGGAGCCAGACAGUGCGGAGCUGUGUGCAAAGUGUACCUUCAGUAUCAUGCAUCACUGGGCCAUCAUCUGCCAGUUUGUGGUGGUGGAUACAACCACAGUUACGGUUUCGUGUGACUAGGUGACCAGGGGCACGUCUGUGGUAUGUUAGCGUGUAGCUUGUGAUGGUGUCUAGUGUGGCAUGGCUGAGGCCUUACCUGUGGCUAUAGGGAAGAGAGCAAAGGCAUCCUUGGACACAAGGACAGGGAGGCAAUAUAAGUGGGGCAGAGAAGUUUCCUUGGGAGGGGCUGAGAUGAGGAGAGGCAGGAACUAGGCUACUUGUACCUACCCUGGGGCUUUCUGUAAUAUUCCCUGAGAGUCCAAGAGCUAAGUGCUUUGGUCACACACAGGGGCAGCCCCCAGACCAGACUGCAUGCCUAGGCCCUGCCUUCCCUACUCUCCAGCCUCUCUCCUCCUGCCCCCUUCAGCUGGCAUUCCUCCAGCUAGAUACCACCCCUGCCCGCCCCCGCCCCCUCCCCCAUUCCCCAAUCAUUGUUCCUGUCUGCCCUACUUCCAUGCCUUGGUUCACACACUGUGCCCUGCCUGGAUGCUCUCUUGUCAAGUACUGAGGUCCCUCUGAUGCUGCCGCCUUUUCGCUCCUCUACCGUGGGCUGAACACCCACUCUGUACUAAGGCCUAGUCCUAUGGGCCCCUAUUUCACUCCAGGGAUUUGAAAGUGCUAGGGGCUGCUAGGUUCUUGCCCUAAGGAGGGGUCUGAGGGGAGAACUAUGGACAAGGCAAGGGUGGGAUCUCUGGGUUAGGAGGCAAAGUGAAGCCGCCUCGUAAUCACUCUACUCCAUCCUACCCCCGACUAACAAAAGGAACAAACGCCCAAACCAAAACAAAAAUGCUGCUACAAACUCAAGUCCAACCAAACUCGCAAAUUCUUUUUAUAAACCUUAAAAUGUGGUAGCCGAGGAAAGUAACAGAUGAUAAUGGUGCCCCAUGCCCAAAAGGAGCAUUGAGAAAAGAUGAGUCAAAAUACCCACCAUUUUCACUAACAUCCUCUAAUCUGAGGAACAUGAAUUGUUGCGUGAGUAGGUAGCCUUAGGAAAGGUCUCGGGAAAAGCCUUUGUAAGUAAAACCCCUGUGUUCCUCCGUGAGACCUCAGGAGAGGCAAGAAGAGCUGCCAUGGCUUGGCAACUUCCAGAGUACAGGCGUGAGGUUGGGGGAACAAGUCUAAGUCUAUAGGAUGGGAUAUGCCCCACCUCUAAGGGUAUCAGAGGAGAGACAGCGCCUUGGCCCCAUCAAAGUCAGUAGGUAGCCCCAGCCAAACCACCCUCAGGGCACAGAAAUGGGGUGGGUGAGUUUGAAAGCAAUAGCCAGCUUUCAAACCAGAGCUCCCAGGGGUGGAUAAAUUGGUCCAGGUGGGAAGGGGCUCAAGGUCCCACACUCCAGAGCAAGGAGAGGUAUCCUAACUGUGAGCCAUGGUAGAUAGUUGUAAGUGGAAAGAUAAUGGCAUGGCCCUUAGGCGUUCGGAUCACAGCCACGAUAUAGGUAGGAAGGAAGUAAAGAAGGAAAGUGGGAAGGGAGGGAGGGGCAGGAAAAGGAACAAGGAAGACAGGAUGCAAAAAAUAAAGGAAGAACCCAAUCUAGAAGAAAACCAAAGGAAUAAAAAAUUCCUGGCAAGUUCUUCCUGUUAUAGAAGGCCUUAACAAUAGUAUGAAAUCCAGAGAACAAGAACUCAAAGACAAGAUGAUAAAACAACAAUGAAAUGAAAAGGGAGAUUAUAGAACUAAGGAAAAAUAGUAAAGGACCAAAACAAUACCAUUACAGAUACAACAGACUAACAGUAACAACACAGAAUAGAUAUGGCUGAAAAUCAAAGUAAUUUGUAGGAAAGGCUUUGAGAUCCUGAAAGUAAACAUGAGAAAUUUGAAGAUAUUAAAGCAAUUAGAGUGAAGUUAAUAGGACAAAGGCAAGCUACCAUAAGCCUGGUUGUUGGCUGCCCUAACGUAGAGGUUCCAAAGAUGGAACAGAAAAAGAUACUAAGGUAUGACCUACAGAAAAACUUUCCCUGAAAUUAAGGAAGAACUGAAUAUCCAGACAGAAAAUGAACAGCCUAUGGCAGAAGAAUGGAUACAGAAUAAUGGACAUUAAGACACUGAUUUAGUUGCUAAACUCUGAAGAUAAAAUAAUAAUACUUCAGGAACCCAGGCAGAAAGAGCAAGUCAUGUAUGGGGACAAAUUAAGGCUGAUCUUAGAUGUUCUCCAACAUAACAUUCUACAAACCAAAGUGACAAAGCAGUAUCUAUGAGGUUCUGAGGGUAAACAAGUAUUACCCCAAAGCAUAACCAACAAAGUGAUUGAUGUCAGUCAUGACUUUGGGAAUAGAGAACCCAUGAGCCCUUCUGAGAAAACAAACAAAAAAACUACGCAGUGACAAAAUCCAGUCAGCCAAGAGGUUAGUCAAAAUAGGGAGCUGAGGAAGGGAGAGUUGUGGUAAAAGGACUGGUGGUGAACAGUAAUUCCCUUUAGGUUAAGACUAAACUGGGAAUUUUAGUUGCAGAACAGAAUGUAAAUAUAAAUCCUUAUAAAGUUAGAUAAUUGGCAACAUAAUCUGGAGAGAAGGGGUGGAAGGGAGAGCAGAAGUACUACUCGCAUUUGCCUUCAUAGUUGCGAGCAACUAAUGGCUUAUAAAACUGACACAUAAUGAUACAAAUCCUACUCCAACUGCUUAAUCAAAAUUGUUUUUCUUAACUUGAGAGGGGUCUUUUAGGAAUGAAUAUUUUUUGAGGUGAAGAAAUAUUUAGCUGCAGUUCAGCAUUCUUUCAUUUUCACUUGAGUUGCUUUCCCUCAAUUAAAGUAAAAGUAUGUUUUGUUUAAAAAAAAUAGCUUCGGUAGUAUGUCCCAUUCUUGUAUAAUUUUUCUACCUCUCUCUUUUACAUACCUUUCUCUUCGCUCUCUGCCCCCACCCCAACGCAUUAUGCUCACCAAAUGCUAAUACUGACCGUUUCUGGGUGGUGAGACUUUCAGUGAUAUGCUGCAUUUUUCUUUGUAUUUUUUUGUAUGACUUAUAAUUUUUAAAUAACAAGCAUGUAUAUUUUUCAGUCUAUUUUUUUUAAAAGAUCAUUUAUUUUUAAGGUAAAUCGAUUUCUUUUGUUUUAAGGUAAAUUUUUUUUUUAAGAUUUUAUUUAUUCAUCUGAGACACAGAGAUACAGAGAGAGAGAGAGCAUGAGCAGGGGGAGAGGCAGAGGGAGAAGCAGGCCUCCCACUGAGCCAGGAGCCCGAUGUGGGACCCGCGAUCCCAGGACCCUGGUAUCAUGACCUGAGCCGAAGGCAGAUGCUUAACCAUCUGAGCCACCCAGGCGCCCCACGGUAAAUGUUUCUUUUGUUUUAAGGUAAAUCACUUAACCUCUCUGAACUUCAGAUUUCUCAUCUUCAAUCUGGGGACAGCAAGAUUCCUAUUAGAGGAUGUUUUGGAGAUUGUGAGAUAAUAUGUGGUAGGCUUAAUAAUGGCCUCCAAAUACAUCCACAUCCUAAGUCCCAGAGCCUGUGAGUGUGCUUAUAUGGCAAAGGGAUUUUGCAGCUGUGAUUAAAUUAAGGCUCUUAAGAUGGGAAGAUUAUCCUGGAUUACCAGGUGGUUCUGAUGUAAUAACAACCAUAGAAAAGAGGCAGGAGUUAGAGUCAAAGAUGAGGUGAUCAGAUGAUGGAAUGGGAAACUGGAAGAUGGAGGAGGGGUCUACAAGCCAACAAAUACAGGCAGCCACUAGAAGCUGAAAAGGCAAUUAAUUCUUAUCUCAGAGCCUCCAGAAGGAACCGGCCCUGCCCACACCUUGACUUUAGCCCAGUGAGACUGAUUUCAGACCUCUGACCCUCAGACUGUAAGAGAAUAAAUCUGUGUUGUUCGGUGCCACUAAAUUUAUGGGAAUUGAUUAAAAUAGCAACAGGAAACUAAUACACCUUCCUAUGCGCUGUUCCCUUGGCUUCCCCAUCCAUCUCUUUCAUCCCCCCCAGCUGCCAAUUGGUCAAUAUUCGAUUCAAGUUUCCCUGACCUUGCCUACCUUCCACUGCUGCAUCCCCCCUCAUAGCACUCCCCACUCUGGGUUACGGUUGCUCAUGGGUAGGUCUCCCUCCCAGGCUGGGCAUAGGUGCCAACAGAGCAGGGCUCAGCGCUCUGGGCCUACCUACCCGAGCAGAGGACCCAGCUGGUAACUAUUAAGCUAACAGAUAAAUAAAUGAGGGCUAGGUGAGUAGUUGGUACCAUAUAACUAACCACUACUCUCUUCCCUUGGUGUUAGGAUCUCUCCCUUCCCUAUUACUACCUGGCUCGCUCUCCCACCAGUCUGUCCUCCACAUACACAUACUCUUUCAAUCUCUAGAAAACCGAGCUGUGUCUUUAUCUCAGACUUCCUUCUUUAGUCCUUGGUUCAAAACACACACCUGUUGUGAGUCUGUCAGCAGGUUUACUUUCAUGCUUGUGUGUGUGUGUGCGUACGCAUGUAUGUUAUGGAGACCUGUGAACCUCUUUGUGUGUAUUUCCUGGAUAUGUGGUAUGUGUGUAGUGAGUAUAAGACAUGCGUAACUCUGGAUGUUUUCAUGCGCAUGCCUGUGGUCUGGGUAGGCUUGUUAUUUCUGUAUACAUGUGUACAUGUCAAUACUUGUUUGUACGUAUGUGUGCCUCUGCUUUGUGGGUGGUGUGUGUGUAUUAGUGUGUCUGAUUUCUGCCCCCAAGGGAUUUGAUGGCCGGAGGCAGGAGUUGGUGUACAGGGAUAAUUUAUUGAGAUGUUAAUGGAGUUUUGUUCCAGUACAUUGUUCCCUUUCUGGGCUCAGGCAGAAGGCUGGGCCUUUUUUCUCCCUGUCUCUUGGGGUGAGCAUCGCAGGUCCAAGGCUGAGUCAACUUCAGGCUUCUUCCUGACUCUAGCCUUCUGGAAACUUAAGCUUCUUCAGGGAAUUAUGCUAAGGAGAGGGGGCAAAGUAAUCCAGAGAGUACCCUCAAAUGAAGAGGGGAUCUCUUCAUUUGUUGCUUUCCCUCAAUUAAAUUCAUGUGUUUGCGUGAGCAGGUGGGACACACAAACACUCCCUAACAGUGCCCUACGAGUGGGGGCAGGGUGAGCUUGGGAAGGCAGGACCCUGGAUAUUGAGCUCCCAAACUGGACAUCUCAGCAGAGACCAUGUGAAUCACAACAUAAAACACCCAGGCUCAGGUCCCCAGGACCCCUUUGCAAGUUGGGGAGGAAGGGUGAGGAGUUUCUCCCAAGAUGACCUUACUACUAGCUCCAGAAGCAAAGACCUAGGAAAGGAGUUAUAUUUAGUUUUGCUUUGUUUUACCAUUGUAACCAUUUCUAAGUGUAUGGUUUUGUGGUAUUAAUUAUGUAUACAUAUUUUUAAGACCUAUCCAUUUACUUUAGAGAGAGAGCACGGCCAUGUGAGCAGGGGUGGGGGGGAACAGAGGGAGAGGGAGAGAGAGAAUCUUCAAGCAGACUCUCUGCUGAGCUCAGAGCCCAAUGUGGGGCUCAACCCCAGGACCCCGCGAUGAUGACCUGAGCCGAAAUCAAGAGUCAGACGCUCAACUGACUGAGCCACCCAGGUGCCCCUGAGGUAUUAAUUAUCUUGUUAUAUAUUGUUGUGUAACCAUAGAUUUCAUUUUUUUUUUUUUAAGAUUUCAUUUAUUUGAGAGGAAGCCUCAGAGAGCAUGUGGCAGAGGGAGAGGGGCAGAGGGAGAGGGAGAAGCAGGCUGCCUGCCGAGCAAGAAGCCUGAUGUGGGGCUCAGUCCCGGGACCCUGGGAUCAUGACCUGAGCCAAAAGCAGAUGCAUAACUGACUGAGCCACCCAGGAGACCCUAGAUUUCAUUUUUAUAAAUUAGAGAAACAUUACCAAUUUAACACACCUGAACACACCAACCUCUGGGCUCAGUGUCCCAGGAAAAACACAUACCAGUUGUGGGGGGACUAUGAAGAGGCAGAAGACACACCUUACCCCUGGGGGGUGGGGAAGGGCAGGGGCAGGAUGGGAGGGAAGGGCAGGAAUGGUGAGGACCCUCCUACGGUCGGUAGUGGGCCAGGUGAGAGCUGCGGCUGCAGAGGACUGGGGGCUGAGGUUCGGGGGCUUCUACUGAGAGUCAGAGGGCCCUGGGAGCUGGGGAGACUUGGUCAGAUUUGUGUUUGGGAAAGACCGCUCUAGGGCCAUGUCUGGAGACGGUCUGGAGGCCGUGCAGAGGAGAGCAAGGAGGGAAGAGAACGCAGAAGCGGCAGUAGCUGGGAGGUGCUUUGAAUGAAUGACGCAGAAGGCCUGAGAGCAGGUAAGAGAAGAACCAGGGCCAGGUCAGUGAGCACAGAGUCACCAAAUCUUGAUGAAUGUGGGGUGAAGAGGGAAGGGAGAGGGAAGAGCCUUGCAUGAUGCUGUCGACUGGGAGACGGUAGCACUGUUUGUUGAACUAGUUAGCACAGAGGGAGGACAGGCUUUGGGGAAGUUGAUAAUAAUCAUGGCUCCCACACGCAAGCACUUGCCUGUGAUCACACAGCAAGUAAGGGGAACAUGGGCUCAGAUUAGACCUGUCAAGUGUUGGGACUUCUUAGUAGAAGGCCUUAGGUCAGUAGUUAAGAGAACGUAUUUGGGUCAGACAAACCUGGGCUCCUGUUGACCUUGGACAAGGUGGUUAAUCUCUCUACAGCUCAGUUUCCUUAAGUGGAAAAUGAGAAAGGCUUGUACCUCAUAGGGUCGUUGUAAGGAUUUAAUGAGAUGAUGUAUGUAAAGAAAUUAGCACAGUUCCUGCCAUGUUGUAAACACUCCAUAAAUCUUAGCUCUUAAUAACAACAGCAGCAGCAGCAACAAACACCGGUCUGGGACUUGGGGGUGAGGUCUGGGUCAGCAUUAAGGCAUCGUCAGCAUAAAAUGGGCACAGAAGCCAUAACGCAGAGGAGGACCUCACUUGAGGAGAGGAGAGGAGAAGAGAGCGGGUGCAGAGAGCACAGCCCAACGGAAAGGAGGGGCCAGGGAGGUAAGGGAGACAGACAGAAUGCUGGAGUUGAGGGCAAUGCAGCAAAUCAGGGUUUAAAUCCAGACUCUAUCACAGCUGCUCUGGGGCCUAAGGAAAACCUCUUGAUGACCUUCAGUCCCAGUUCCUUCAUCUGUUCCAUGGGCCUGUCUUGCAUGCAGGUGAGGGAUAUCUAUGAUGAAUGUAAAGCUCUGACAGAGUCUAGGCGCUUGAUUAACAGUAGUUGUUUUAGGGGCACCUGGGUGGCUCAGUUGGUUAAGUGUCCGACUCUUGCUUUUGGGCUGUGAGAUCCAGCGAGCUUCCUGUGGGCUCUGCGCCGGGCAUGGAGCCUGCAUGAGAUUCUCUCUCCCUCUCCCUCUGCCCGUCCCCUCCCCCCUCUCCCUCUCUAAAAAAUAAACAAAGAAAACAAGAGUUGUUUUAGGAGGAGGAAUAAAUGUUCCCAGAGAGGGUGGCUUCAUGAAAGACAAUGAAAGAUGGAGUUUCAAAAAGGGAUCAACAACCUCACUGCUGCCGAGAAGUCAAAAAGAUAAGGACUAACAGAUAUUCAUUGGAUGUGACAAGGAGGUGAAAGUGACCUUGGUGAGCCAGCUCCAGGGAUGAUGAGAGCAGAAGGUGGGGGCAGCGGCUGGGGAGUGAUGGGAGGUAGGGAAGUGGAUCUGAGAAAGCAGGUGGCAGCUUGGCAGGGACGCUGAGGAGUGAGUGGGUGGAUGGGUAAAGGUAGGAAUAGGCAUGGUUUCAAGAUAAGGAAAUCAGAGCAAAGUCAUGGCAAGGCUGCCUAUCCCAGAGUAUGACUGCUUUAUGCUCACCCUACCCCCACCCGCUGAGGACUGGCUCCAGCCUUGGGAUCCUUUGCCCUUCACACAAGUCCUCUCUGUCUGGGCACAGAACACAGUGCAAUCCCAGGGCCCUGGGUGUGUCCUGGGGCCCAACCUGGGUCACCCAAUGCUGAGGUCAGUCACCUCCUAUCUCUGCCCUACUUGCUAGUAUGGCCUAGGAAAAGUUGAAGUGGUUCAUACCUUCUGCCAGGUUUUAACUUCUGUCCCUGUCCCUGCCUGCCUGGAUCUGCACAGCCCAAGGGAGAUGGACAGUAUUAAUAAAAAUAGCUAUCAAUUAUAUUCUUUUUUUAAAAAAGAUUUUAUUUAUUUAUUUGAGAGAGAGCAUAAGCAGGGGGAGGGUCAGAGGGAGAGGGAGAAGCAGACGCCCCACUAAGUAGGGAGCCUGACACCACGGGGCUCCAUCCCAGGACCCUAAGAUCAUGACCUGAGCCGAAGGCAGCUGCUUAACCGACUGAGCCACCCAGGCGCCCUAGCUAUCAAUUACAUUCUUUCUUCAGGUUCUUUCCCACCAGUAGUUAAACAUGCCCAUGUAAGAAACACAUAAGAAAUUUCUAGGGGACACCUGGGUGGCUCAGUCAGUUAACCGGCUGCCUUUGGCUCAGGUCCUGAUCCCAGGAUCCUGGGAUCGGUCCUGAGUUAGGCUCCUUGCUCAGCGGGGAGCCUGCUUCUCCCUCUGCCUGCAGCUCCCCCUGCUUGAGCCCUCUCUCUCUGACAAAUAAAUAAAUAAAAUCUUUAUUAAAAAAAAGAAAUUUCUAGAAAUUGAAUAUAAAGUUCCUCUGGUUCCACAUCUUUCUAUAUCUAUUCUCCUUCCCCCCAAUUUUUAACAAUAAUCAUCUUGAGUCAUCUAUAUUGUAUCAGCUUCUUACUCAUCAAACCACUCCAGAUCUGGUGGCUCCCACAUACCCCAUCUCCAUUUCCCAUUGUCCAUUGCCCACUGGAACAACUUAUUGCCAAGAUAAUCAACAACCUCCUUUCUUUUGAGUCCACUGGUUCCCUUUUCUAUAACUACUAGACCUCUCUUUGACAUUCUGGAUUGCUGACCCCUCCCUCUUUCUUGAACCUCUGUCCCUUCUUGGCUUCUCUGAAACUAUGUUCCUUCCUGGUUUUCCUUCUACCUCUGUGACAGCUACUUCCUUAUUUAUUUUGCAGAUUUAUCUUUUCUCCUGCAUCCAUUAAUGUUAGUAUGGUGGACUCCUUUAUGUUUUGUUUGGAUGGCCCUCCCUUCUGGUGGGAACUGCCUUUCACUCAUAUGGUUAUCAUGGGAGCCAGCAUAUUAUGACCUCCCUACCCUGCCAUGGAUCACUAAUACAGGGAAUGGCAUCUGACCAAAGCCAGGCUGAUAAGAGCAAGUCCCUGGGAAUUUUGAAGCUGAAACUGAAAGAGAUGAGCCAACAUCUUGCUGGGUAUACCUGGAUUUAAGCUGUAAAGCUGAGAAUUGUCAGAAACUGGGUUUUUUAUUGUAUGGGCUAGAGAAGCAUAGGAAGCUUGUCUGGAGAGAAAAAAGGAGAGGAGACAGGGUGGGGACAACAAGCAGGGCUUCCCAAUUUCUCGGACUCUCCCUGUGUACCACCGUCCUGAUUGCUAGGACCUCUCAGUUUCCUCACCAUCAACAUUGGACAAGAGCCAAGAACUCAGCUUCUGCAAUUCAGCAUGAUGCAGGAUGAUCUAGCUUCUAGCAGUUUGAGGUCAAGGCUGAAACACACUUCCUUAUCCAAGCAAAAUACUUACUCUGUUGGCCCCUAACUGCUUGCAGACCACCCAUUUUGGAUGUUCCUACCCUGUCAGGCAAAUAUGAUGGUGCUUCUCAUUGUAAAGUGAGUUGACUGGAAUGCAAGUGAGGGAAGGGCAUCAUUCCAGGGCAGGUUGAAGAAGAAAGGCUUCUAGCCCUGUCACUCCAGCCUAAGAUUUCCCAUGAAGCCAGAAGGCAUAGUUAGAGGGAUUGAAAGUGCCCCUUUUAGCAUUAUGAAAAACAUAGUCCUAAAAAAGAGAAAUUGCUCCAAGAGCUUGCACAGCUCCUGCAUUUUUGUGGCAAACCUGAGGAUUCAGAGAGCAUGGUUCUACAAAUUUCUAGUAUUGAUUAUGGUAGUAGAAAUAUGUUGUAUUCAUAGAUGUCCUUCACCUUUUAAAUAGUUUUCCUAUAUGGGAAAAGUCACAUUUUAAAAUCCAGUCUCCUUAGUACAGUAGUCAGAACUAAAAUUUGCAACAUCCUAUGCAGCUUGUUUAUAGACAUUGCUACUUGGCCCCAUGUGAGGCUUUGAUUUGGAAGUGAGCUAUAAUACGAGUGAGUAAAUAUCACUAAAGUUCAAUAUUUCUGGUUCUCCUUUCCUUCUGAGCACCAGGAGGGUUGCCCUUCUUUGUUGAUGUUAGGUAUGGCCAUGAGAUUUGUUUUGAUCAAUGCAAUGUGAGCAGGAGCCAAUGUACAUUUUCCCUCACUCUCUUUACCACAGCAAACGCUGAAGGUUCCAAUCAAGAAAGUGGCAUAGGGAUGCCUGGCUGGCUCAGUCCGUAGAGCAUGCGACUCUUGAUCUUGGGGUUGUAGGUUCAAGCCCCACACGUGGGUUGUAGAGAGUAGUUUAAAAAAUCCUUUAAAAAGAAAGAAAGAAAGAACAAAGAAAAAAAGGAGAAAGAAAGAGAGAGAGAAAGAAAGCAAGAAAGGAAAGAAAGGCAUCAUCCUAAGAUGGUGAAACCUCCAUCAUCACUGUGAUCCUGAGUGGUCACAGUGAGCAGACUCCUCCUCCCCACUUCACCCAUGCCAGAACUGUAGCAUGAGCAAGAAAUCCAUCUUUGUAAGAUCUGGGGUUGUUCAUAACCGUUGUUACCUGCCUGACUCUGACUGAUACAGGAAGGAAGCGGGUUGGACAAAAGGCUUCAAUUUCUGCUAUUGCUGGUAGUAUAAGUGUCCCCUUUCGGGGGGUGGUAGUGGCAACAGGGGUGGUUUCCCAGGGGUUGCAAUGUUGAGUUCUUACCGCAGAAAUGCUACAGAGCUUGUAAAGCUGGCAGGCAGAGUAAACUCUUGGUACUUAGUAUUUGGAGGGGCAAUGGCUGCAGUGUCCUCAGCAGGUUGUGUGGUAUGGUUUGAGUGUUGUUUCUAGAAACUGAGCCUCAAAUUCAUUUCCCCAGUCCUCCUAACAUUUCUGAGCUAAAUAGUAUCUUUUAACAAAUCCCUUUUAUGUUUUAAUUAUCCAGGGUGGAUUCUAUUAUUUGUGAAAAAGAACUCUGAUGAAAUUACUAUAUUUAAUAAAUCUCAUGUUCCAUCCGUUA